AUGGGGGCGGCGGAGGCGCUGGAGCUGCUGCUGCGGGCCGCCGAGGAGGCCCGGGACCGGGACGCUCCCGAGGCGUGGCGGUUCCUGCACGGCCUGCGGGGGCUGCUGUCAGAGGCCGCGCGCGAGGCGCUGCUGGGGCCCCACUGGGGCGACCUGCGCGCGCUGCUCGCCGCGCGGUGCGGGCGCCGCGAUGACGCGCGCUGGGCGGCCGAGGCGGCAGCGCUGCGGCGCCUGCUGCGCCCGCUGCUGGAGCCGCGGCUUGUGGUCGAGGUCCUCGAGGCCGCCCACCGCUCGGGCCGGGGCAUGGGCCCGCUGCACCAAGGCUGGCUCUUGGUCCGGCAGUUCCUGGCUGACGUGCCGGAGCCGCAGCCGGCGCCGCUGCGCGGGGGGCGGGCGCCGCCGGCGGCGACAUCCAGGGCGCUGCUGGGGGGGGCCUGA